AGACCUGCCCGAGGCACCAGAAGCAACCAGCCAGCCAACAUGGGCACCCCCUCCGCAUUUGCUGCUUUUCUCUUGGCAAUGCUGUGGGCACAGGACAUCAGCUGCUCUGCGGAGGCGCUUCCUGCUGCCCCAGUCCUUCACCUCUGGCGGCAGCAGCAGCAGCAGAAGUCUGGGACGGGAAGGGUGAAGCGGGCAUGGGUGAUCCCUCCCAUCAGCGUGUCCGAGAACCACAAGCGGAUCCCUCAUCUUCUGGUGCAGAUUAAAUCUGACAAACAGCAGCCCGGGGGGGUCAUCUACAGCAUCAGGGGGCCGGGCGUGGACGAGGAGCCCCGCGGCGUCUUCUCCGUCGAUAAGCUCACCGGGAAAGUCUACCUCAACACUAUGCUGGACCGGGAAAAGAACGACCACUUUCGGCUCAAGGCCUUUGCGCUGGACCUGGGCGGAGGGACCCUGGAAGAUCCCACCGAUUUGGAGAUUGUGGUCAUGGACCAGAAUGACAACCGGCCGCUCUUCCAGCAAGACACGUUCUCUGCACAUGUGGUGGAAGGCGUUGCCCCAGGGACCUUCGUGAUGAAGGCUGAAGCGACGGACGCAGAUGACCCAGAGACUGACAACGCAGCGCUGAGAUACUCCAUCCUGGAGCCUGCCCUGAGUGGCGUCUUUGAAAUGGAUGAGCUCUCGGGGGAGAUCCACACGGCUCAAGUCCAGCUUGACCGAGAGCUUGUUGGAGUCUACAACCUGACCCUCCAAGCGGCCGACAUGUCUGGAGAGGGGCUCACCACCACGGCCAGCGCAGUGAUCUACGUGGACGAUAUCAAUGACAACCCGCCAGAGUUCUCUGCAAAGGAGUUCCUGCUGACGGCCCCGGAGAACAGAGAGGGCGUGGCCAUUGGGCAGCUGAUGGUGCAGGACAAGGAUCUCCCCGGCUCCCCCCACUGGCUGGCCAAGUUCACCGUCCUGGAAGGAGACCCCGAGGGGGCUUUUGCCAUCCAGACGGACCCCCUCACCAACGACGGCAUCGUCUCCCUCGUGAAGGCCCUGGACUACGAACAACAGGAUCAUUUCGAGCUGCUGGUCUCCGUCCAGAACCAAAGUCCACUGGAGCUCUCAUCCCCCAAGGCUGCCCGGGCUCUGGCUACUGUGCGGGUGCAGGUGCUGGAUGCCAACGAAGCCCCCUUCUUCCGGGAGAAUCCCUGGAGGGGGAGAGUGGAUGAAGGGGCACCCCCUGGCACUGAGAUCACCGUCUUCCGCGCAAGCGAUCCGGACGCCCACCAAGUGCAAGAGCUCAGGUACUCUCAGACCUUCAGCCUGGAGAGCUGGCUGCAAGUCGACCCGGGGUCUGGCCUGGUGCACACACGCCACACGGUGCCUCCACGGGCCACGUUCCCAGACGGGUGGUUCAGCAUCCAGAUCCUGGCUUGUGACAAUGGAAGCCCCCCCCUCACGGCCACAGGGACCCUCUCCAUUGAAGUGGUGGAAGUGAACGACCACGCUCCGCUCCUGCUCCCAGGGUCCGGAGAGCUGUGCCAGCAGGGGGGCAGCCUGGUGCUGAGCGCCACCGACCAGGACCUGGCUCCUCAUGCUGAGCCCUUCCGCUUCCGUUUUGGCACCAGCGGUACCCCUCUGGCCCACAACUGGAGCCUCACCCACUCCAACGCCACCCACGCUCUGCUGCAGCCCCAGGGAGAAGUGGCCGAAGGGCUCCACGUCUUGCCCCUCCUCGUCCGGGACUCGGGGCAGCCCCCACGGGAGCAAGAGCAGCUGCUGAACGUCUCCGUCUGCGCCUGCAACGAUGCGGGCUCCUGCCAGGCCCGUGCUGCUGCGGUGGUGGGCACCGUGGCCGGCCUCAGCUUCGGGGCCCUGAUGAUCAUCUUGGGCAGUGCUGCCCUACUCCUGUUGCUGGCGUUGCUGGUGGCCGGCUUGGAGCACUCCCGCCGCUGGGCCUUCCGCAAGAGCCUGCUGGGGGGCUCCUCCCAGGACGACUUCCGGGACAACGUCCUCAACUACAACGAGCAGGGAGGAGGUGAAGAGGACCAGGACGCCUAUGACAUCAGCCAGUUGCGCAACCCAGAUCUGCUCUUCUCCGCUCCCUCCCCCUGGGCCAAGCCUCCCCUCCGGAAGGACCACCCUUACAGCUACAGCCUGCCUCCCUGUCCUCGCCGGGCGCCUGCUGGCCCUUCGGACAUAGAGGACUUCAUCAAUGAGGGUCUGGAAGCCGCAGAUGCAGACCCCGGAGUGCCUCCCUAUGACACGGCCCUCAUCUACGACUACGAGGGGGACAGCUCGGCCGGCGGGUCCCUCAGCUCCAUCCUCUCCAGCUCAGAGGACGACGAUCAGGAUUACGACUACCUCAAGGAGUGGGGGCCACGCUUCCGGCGCCUGGCGGAGCUUUACGGCCAAUGAGCAGCAGCCACGGGGGUGGGAGGGGGGAA